GAAAAAGGCACCCUUUAGAAAUGUGAGACAUUAGACGCACACGCCUUGGAGUGUGGCUCUGAGGCUCUUUCGCGGGGACUGAGAAAAGGACUCCAUUUCCAGUCUUGAAGACAGGCCGACCUCCAGCCGGUCGAUGCACAAACGCGGUGAAUGACGCAGAGCGCUCGCGCGCAGAGUAACCCUGCAUGCGCAACUCGAUCUGCAAGGGAUCCUUCUACAGGCUCUCCUUUUUGCCGAACGGCCCUUCCAACGAAAUCUCUCCACACGCCUUUAUGUGUGGUGAGAAACGCGCGUCUUUUCCGGCCGCGGCUCUGCUGGCAGAUAAGCAAGCCGACCUCCGUUGGCUGAGGACGUCCCAGACGACGCGGCGUACAAACGCCGGAGCCGCGGGCAGAGGCACGAAGGCUCAGAAGGAAGGAGCGGCGUGGACGACAGGAGGGCGCCUCUGGAGAGACAGCGGGGAGAAAAAGAAGACAAGAGAAAUGGAGGAGUGGAGGAAGGUGAGGGAUGCGGGGCACAUACAUUUGCCAUAGAAGCUGGAGAGACCAGACCUCGACUUUAGGAAGUCUUCGCACUUCCUCGAAGGCGGCGCGCCUCAAACUCAGAGCAUCUGGCCUCCAGUCGAUCGCCAUGAAUUCGUGAAACAGAGAGGGCCGAGGCGUACAGGCACCCGCGUGACCCAGAGGCGAAUCUCAGAGAGGUUCAUGUCCCUCGCGAACGCGCUGCCUGCUUCCUCAUCCGGAGACUCUCGACCACUCUCUUUGUCUCCUUUUUCUUUCUGAGCGCCAGACUCUACGAUCUCUCCUCCACGGUCUGCCGCUUUCCCUACAAUGGCGGGGGAUCCAAGUGAAGCGCAAACCCGGCGCGAGGAGACCGGAUCUUCUUCUUCCUCCUGUUCUCCUUCUUCCUCUUCGUCUUUCACAUCGUCAACUUCGCGCCAGGCUUGUCGCUUCUCGGGAUGUCCCCCGACCUCUUUUUCUCCACCGAAUUACGCUUCUUGUGGGGCUGUGGGCCUUCCGGACUUCUUGGAGGCGCGGGCCUCUUCUGCCUCUUUGAUGCAGCAGUGGCUGUCGCAGGCAGGGGGCGUCGCGUCUGUCUCUCGCCGGGUGUCUGUACACCGGAGCGCGGUCGGCGGCCACAUCAACGGCCUGGAUAUCGAAGAGGUGAUUUUCUGUCUGUUGGACGCGCUGCGCGCAGACUCUGGCGACCAUCAGAAGACGUUUCUUCUUCGUCUUCAUGCAGCCUUGAAGUGCUCCGCUCUCCGCCUCCCCUCCGACUCCAGAGGCGGGGCAGAGUCCGCAGGAGACCGAGGAGAUACUUGCGGAACGCGGGGAGGCUGGGAGUCAUGUGAAGAGGACAAAGCAGGAGCGCAGGCCUUCCGAGGGCGAGAGCGAGGAGGAGACGCAUUUGCUGAAGCACUGCAGCUCCGAGGUUCCGGUCUCCACUCCUCGUGCUCUCCCCAGGUGUCUCUGCGGAGCGCGGCUGCCUCCACGCGUCUCCUCGCACUGGACAGCACAGACGCUGUGAUCGAGACUUUGUACCUGUUUGCUGAGAAACAUUUGACUCUUUUCCUUCUCGCGAUUCGCUCUUUUCUAGAAGUUCGCAUCACCCUCGAGGAACACCAACUCGCUAUCUUCUUCGUGCUCCUGCGCGCCCUCGGUCUCUGGAUACAACAGCAGACACCAAGUCCACUUGCCGGAACCCACGGAGACGUUGUGGAGCGACGAGACAGAGGAGAAAGAGGAGAAGCAGGAAACAUAGGAGAAAGAGGAGAAGCAGAAAACAGAGGAGAAAGAGGAGAAGCAGGAAACAGAGGAGAAAGAGGAGAACCAGAAAACAGAGGAGAAAUAGGAGAAGUCGGAGACGAAUGGGCUGAGGGAGAUAAAGGAGACCUCGGUGCCGGAGGAGGGGAGUUAGGCAGACAAGGCAUGGCGAGGGGAGAAGAGGGAGAGGAAAGGACUGCGGGAGAACCGAGCGGAAGAGAAGAAGAGAAAGUGGAGACUCCACGACUUCUGGGCCAGGAAGAGGCAGGAAGAAAACAGUUUCUGCAGGACGAGGAAGAACAGGUUGCCCCGUGGGAGAACGAAUGGAUUAGUUUCGCUCUGAGAGAAUACCCUCUGCUGAAGCCUAUGGACGAGAGGAAACUUUGUCUCGGGAUCGCGAUGAACAUGAUCGGCGCCAUACACCCCAAAACCGUUCUCUACAUACUCGCGAAGGAACUCAAAAAAAUGCGCAAGGCCGCGGCGUUUCCGCAGACCGCUGACCUCCUUCACCUUUUGUGUCAACUUCUUCCUCUCUUCCCUUCACAUCUCUCGCUCUCGGAGCCAAGUCGCCGAAUCCUUCUCUCGCUCCCCUCUCUCAUCUGCUCCUCCUACUCUUCGACCGGACCUGCCCUGCGUCCUCUCGCCUCGUCCGCUUCUCCCCUCCCUUCUGUCUCUGCCUCUGCCUCUGCUUCGUCAGCGCCACCCGAGGACCGCCUGCCCCCGCCCACUGAGGAGGGCGCCGUGUCUCCGGAGAGUCUCCCGGACUCUGCGGCGUCUCCCGUUCCGGUCGCAGUCCGCUCGCGUCUGCGGCUAGCUGCAUGCAGUUCGCUCUCCACAGCGAGCGCGUGUCUCGCGCUGCCCUGCGAACAGAGUCUUGUUGCCGCCGCGCUCGUCGGACUUGCCGGGCAGACGCAGGCCGCGCUCGAUGCUCUCCAGGCGAGCGCAGCCGCCAGCUUGCCCUUUGCCAGAGACUGCCUGUGCUGUGGCUGCACAAGGCGAAGCCAGACGCGGUCACAGGGGCCUCUUGGGGAGGCGGGGAGAGUCCGAGAGGCUGAUGCGGACCAAGGGGACGAGCCUGGCUGCUGUGGAAGUGUAAAGACACUGGGGAAGCUUCCGUCGUGUCUCGCGCUUCGCCGCCUUUCCCCGGCCGUCUGGGCACUUGGAGAAGAGCGAGAGGAGAACGCGAGUUUCGUCGCGGGAGUGGACUGCGAAGCAGAGACGAGAGACGACGAAGGAGAGAAGGAGAAACAGAGGGAAGAUGGCGAGACGCGCGUUCUCGUUCGUGACCGCGGCAGGAACCCAGUGAGUGCUGCAGUCGAGCUCUGGAGAAGUCUCCAGGAAAUACUUCUUCCUCUUCUUCUUCUCGCGAGUGACGAGGCCGACGGCGAUGACGAAGAAACGGAAGAAGCUACCUUCGCCUCCUUCCGCCAAGCUCUCUCUGCUUCUCUCCACCUCCUGCAUGUCAUCUCUCACCAAAAUUUCUUCUCUCCCCUUUCGUCGUCUUCGCCGUUUCCAUGGGUCUCUGCGAGGGGCGUUUCUCGGCUCGCGCAUUUCGUCGAGCACGUGAGGACGCUGCUGCAGCUGCUGCUUCUGCACCUUCUUUGCGCAGCGCAGCGUCGCUCGCUGGUGCAUGCAGUGCGACGACAGCCGCGGAUUCUCCGCAGACGGGAGACGAAGAAACUCGACAGAACGGCUCGGGGAAAGAAGCGCGCGAGUCGUCGAGGCGCCGCCGCAGACCCUGCGCUCGCAGGAGACGCGACGGAGGCGCGCAGAGAGCUCUCGGAGAUAGGAGAGACGCAGGAGGACAACGCGAAAGGCUCUCCAAAGGUUUGGGAAGGAGACACCACCUUCGCGCAGUUCGUGGAGUUCCCCGCCCUCGUCCAAAUGGCGCUCGACGAAGAAGUUCGGGUGUUCAUACACCGCAUUGAAGGCGAGAGCGACGACUCCGAAGAGGAGUCGCAGCGGUCCGCGGGGACCGGCACCGAGAGUCUCCCCGACCCCCGAGAGGUCCAGAGUCUUUUCCUUCUCCUCCUCAGGUGCAUGGCUCUCGACACAGCUCUCAGUGCCUUCAGCAAAGAGAGAGGCGACGGCAGGGAAGAAGAAAAACGAAGAGAAGAAGAACGAGAAGAAGGAGAGACGAGAAAGGAGAGCGACCAAGAAGAAGAAGAGAGAGGAGAGGCCUCGCACUCUGGAGGCGAAACCGCUGCGGCGGGAGAGAGGCUGGACGCCCACCCAUUUGCGCGACUGUUGCAGCGCGAACUGUAUCCCAUCCUCGUCACCUCAACAGCCGUGCUGUCUACUUUCCACCAAGCGACUCUUUCACCCUCUUCUUCUUCUUCCGCUUCGACAUCUCCCUUUGUUUCUCCUUUUUCCGCUUCUUCCUCUUCGCCUGUCUCUCCUUCCUCGGCUGCCUGCGCCUCGCGUCCGGUCGGCCGCGCGCCUUCUCUGUUUGCUGCGUCUCCGUUCGCGAUUGCCGCGGAGCCUCUUCUUCUCGCGGACUUCCUCAAUCCGCUGGCUGCUGCGCCUCCUGCAGACGCGAGCGCCGCUCUCGCUGCUGUCAGCGCGAAUGCUUCUCUGUGGUCUGUGCUGAGUUCUCGGCUCCGGAGAGAAACGCCUCUCUCUCUAGCGCACCGGAACAGUGCUGCUGCUCAGAGGCCGCGUCCAGGCGUCCUUCCUUCUUCUUUUCGUUCUCCCCACUGCCCGCUGUCUCCUGCGCCUGCCUCUCGCUGUUCGUCGCUCUCGGAGAUCUCUCAGACAACGCGAGAGGAAGACGCCCGAGAAAGCGAAGAAGAGAAAGCUGCAGGCGAAGAAGGAGAGGACGCGGGAGAAGAGAAAAGCGAUCUAUUUGCAUGCAGAGGGGCUCUGGAGAGGGGGGAAAUUGCGGUUGCUGUCCUCCGAUCGAUUUGCGUUCUCGCCAGGUUCCAGCUGACCUCUGUGCCUCUCUUCGCCACCCUUCUCGACCUUCUGAGGAGAGGAGUUACGCGGAGAGACGUUGUCGGAGCAUGGGAGAAAAGGAGGGAGAAAGAAGAAGAACAUGCUGCGAGGGUGACCCUCCUCGUCAUGGCCUCACACGUCGUCGCGGUUCUCCCCGUUCGCCCGUCUCUCGCGUCGCUCCGCGUCCGGCAAUUGAAACUUUCUGCAUGCGGCUGCUCACCUUCUUUGCUCCUGAAACGCUCUCGUCCUCAGAGUUGUCCAGAGCGACCUUCCUCUUCUUCCUCCCUCUCUGCUGUGGGGCUGUGCUCGGUCUCGGCUUCGCAGGCGCUCCCGCUCAGAGCUCCGCAUGCGCGGUGUGCACCGCAAGCGUCUGAGCAGAGCCUCUCAGCUGCGCGGCCUCUCUGGAGCAAGUUCGCAUCGCGGCUCGCGCCGGUGUAUCUGCAGCAGCGGGGCGUCUUGGCGGAGGACCUCCUGCUGGUGAGGCAACUGUUCUGCGUGAUCGCGGUCUACGUUUUGCGCGGCGACGCUGUGAGGCUUCCUGCCCUCGCUUCUGCUCUGCUUGGGCUCCUUCAGUGCCUCGCGGAAAACCACUACUUCUCUCAUAUGUCUCUCCUCGAAGACAUCUCUCCUGAAAAAGCAAACUCGACAAGCAACUCUCUCCACGCCUCCGCAUUCUCUCUCCUCGUCUUUGGAAACGCCGGAGAAGAUCCCGACAGCGCCCGGACGUGGAUACCCAAAAACCUACCUGUCAAUCGAUUUCUUUCUUCUUCUUCUUCUUCUGCUUCUAUCUCUGCGGCGCGGGAGAGUUCGUUUAGGCGGAGACAAGAAGAAUUUAACUUGGCUUUUCUGAAGAGUGUCUGUCUGCUGGGGGCUCCGUGGGAAGCGCUGUUGACCCUGGAGGAGGGCGCGACGUCUCCGGCGCCGUCUGAUCCGAGCGAGGCGGAAGAGUCGGAAGACGAAACUGGAGAAGAAGGCGAGAGGGAAGAGGACGACUUUACGCGAGAGUUGUCCUCGAGCUCCGGCCUCGUUCAAGGGAGCGCAAGUCGACUGCCGAAGCCAGGCGCCGGACAAAGAAACGGCUGUUCUCCGCCACCGGAAGUCGACGAGAAGGACGCACAAGACACCACUCCUUUCUCCUCUUUCUUCUCGCUAGGAAAGGCUUCCGCAAUCGUCUCGACGCGCCCUCAGACUCGGGAGCAGACUGCAGGACUUCCGCUUGACUCGAGCCUCCCGGCCAUCGCCAUUACUCGGCCUCCGUCAGACGCCUUCACUGAGCGCGCAGGUCGCCGAGCGUCUCCUCCGUCUUCCGGAGACGUCCGCAGCGCGUCUGGAUCUCUCGCGGUGCCGCCUCGCAGCAGGCAAGAGAAAGAGUCUCCUUCUGCUGUCUCCCUCGUCCGCCAGGCUUGGUGCGGAUCACCGCCAGUCGAGGUCGCUUGUCUGCUCCUCUUCGCUCUGCGGCUCCUCGCCCUCCUCCCCACAGACGCCGGCGGCGGCGCGACGGCGGAGUCCGACAGUUUCCGAGACAAAGCAGAAGAACUGCGAAUCAGAGACCGAGCCACUCGACUGAUCGAACGCGACCUGUGCAAGUGUGUGCCAGGCCUCCUGUUCCCGCUGCUCAUCGAGGCGCUCCAGCAGCCGCGCCUCGAUCGCGCGCUGCCUGUCGUCUUUCGCUGUCUCGCCACGAUGGCCGACGUACGCGCCUGCGCCGAGCUCUCGGAACUGCCGGCCAGGCCUCACCCGCCAACAGAGCGUUCGACAGACGCCGCUCGCGGACAUGCGAUCUUGCCAGAGGAAGUUGCUUCUCCUCCCCUCUCGUCGCCGCACCGCGCUUCUCCGUCGCAUUCUGCCGCCUGGCUCGAACUUCUGUCAGACGCAGUCUUCGUCAAGCGACAAGCUGACACUCUGGCUUGGCUGCUCUUCUACGCAGGCGCAAAUCCUGGGAGGCAAACGGAACUCUCAAUCGGAGCCCUGCAGGCUUUGAAGAGCCUCCGUCCUUUCCUCUUCCGGCCUCCCAGAGCUUCUUCUCCUCUCUGUUCCUCUUCUUCUCCUCUCUGUUCCUCUUCUUCUCCCGCUUCUUUGCCAUCGCCAGUUCUGUCGUCUGGGCACUCAGGGACUUCCAACGCGGUCUCGUCGAGCGACUCUUCUCGGCGUCUUGAAGAAGUCGCCGUUUCCUCCCGGCUCGAAACUCAGGCAAAUCUCCACUUGGACGGCCUCCUUGCAGCUCUCGCGUUCGCUCGCGAACGCCAUGAGUGCGCCGCCCAGUCCAGCGACUGUCCCCUCUCUUCUUCGCUUUCGUCUUCUUCUCUUUCGUCUUGUUCUUCUUCUUCUUCUUCUUCUUCGUUUUCAUCUUCUGCGUCGAGCCUCUGUCCGUCUCGUUGUCUUCUGUCGCCGCUUGCCAGAUCUUUGUCUUGUUUGCCGUGGACAGCUGAGCUUGCAAGUCAGCUGCUGCUUCACGUUCGCGCGUGCAGGUUUUCUCUGCAGAUGUUCGAGGCCUCUCUGUCUCCGGCCUCUCUGUCUCCGGCCUCUCUGUCUCCGGCCUCUCUGUCUCCGGCCUCUCGCGCAUCUGCCCAGCCACUCGAUGACUUCUUUCUUCUCCACUGUCUCUGCUCGCUUCUCGCCGUCGCCGCGUCGCUGCGGAGCCUCGCCGGCCAGUCCUGCGAGAAGAAAGACAUGUCCACCUUCCCCUUCGCUCGACAGAUGUCGGGUCUUUCCGCCAGCGCAAAAGACACGGUUCGCGAGCAGGCGGCGGCCGCUUCCUUUCUGGGCGUUCUGCCUCUCUCUCUCCCGCGUCUUGACGUUCUUCUUCUCCACCUCGUCGCCGUCUGCGCCAGAGAAACGUCCGACAUACACGUCCGGUCUGCGUUCCUCAGGGCGCUGCUGGGCGCCGCCCUCGACGACCCCACAGCCUUGGCGGGCCUCGCCUCGCGGGUGGGCGCGGAGACAGGCCAGCGCGGAGACACCGCAGGCACCGACGAUCUCGAGCAACAGAAGGCCUCUGCGGGAGAAGCUUGGGACGAGCCGCCGGCGGCAGGACAGCGGAGAGAAGAGGACGAAGGAGGCCUGCCGCCUCCGUGGACGAACCUCCUUGACAGACACAAGAAAGCAGGCAAUCGAGACGACGAAGAAAAACUCAGCUUUGCGCGCGGACGCUUCUUCAGCGAAACACGACGAGGCGUCCUCACUCUCCACGCCGUCGUCGACGCAUGCCUUCUCCUCACACAAUCCCUCCCGGCUGUCGCCCAUGCAUUCCAGUCCUUGCCCCUCUCUCCUUCCUCUUCCUCCUCUUCUUUUGAUUUGUCUUCUUUUGAUUCGUCUUCCUCCUCUUCCUCCUCUUCCUCUUCUUUUGCUGCGUCUCGAGACAGAGAUCUCUCGACUUUUCUUGUUGACAGAGCUCCUGAAGAAAGUACGUUGGCGUCGAAGUCCCAGAAGGCGCCAGACCGGGGGAAGCUGUGGGGAGACCCAAGAGCUGUCAAGAGAAGAUGGCGGGAGUUCCUGCGCGUAGCUCGGAGCGCGGCGGCCGACCUUCGCGUCGCCCUCUUGACACCCGACGCAGCGAGGCGGACGGCUCGCUGGCUAGCCAGGGGGUCGGGAGCUCCGUGGCUCCGCAGCCAGUUGGUGCUGCCUGCCGCGAGCGAGGUUGUGUCGCUCUUCACAGAUCUUCAGACAGCUUCUGCAGAUGAAAGUUCGGCAGCGGCGAAACAGGCGGCAGCGGCGAAAAAGGCGGCAGCGGCGAAAGCGGCGGUCGCCUCUCCGAAGAAAGUGGACGACGUCGCUGUCGCCGCGUUCGCCUCCGGCGGCGCACCGUCAGCGAACGAGGAAUCCAGCUUUACACGAUCUUCUUCGACGGACCUCCGCUCUUCCAGAGACCUCCGCUCGUCUUCGAGGGCUGCUGCAACGGGAGUGGGCGGCCUCGCGUUCGCGCGUUUCCCCGGCGCGGCGUCGCGGUCUCUGUCGGGCAGAGGUCCAGAGCCGCGAGGAUGGCGAGACAGUGUCUCCUCGGCUCCGCUCUCAGGAGAGUCCGCGCGCCUUCUCGUCGUCGCCAGGACCCUCGGCGUCGUCGCGAGUGCCGAGGCUGCUUUCGCAGACGUCUGGAGGCACCUGGUGCACACGGAAGCAGCCUGCCGUCCGAAGGCGCGACUGAUGAGUUCGUUCGCGUUCUUCGGGAAAUCGGAGACGCAAGUGAAGGAAGAGAAACUCCGAGCGCUUCUGCUCUUCUGUCGCGGCGUCUGCGCCGCAAACGCUCCUCGCACUUGCUUCUCCCUCGCGCAGCUCCUCGGAGCUGCUCAGCAAGCCGACAGGCUUCUUCAGAAGGCACAAGGCGCCGGAGAAAGAGAAGCCGGAGGCCGAGGCGGGAUCCAGACAAGAGGAAAAACGGCGGGGAGAGAUCAUGCAGGAACUUUUGUCUCUGCAUGGCAAGGCUUCGCCGCGCUCUGGGGCGCAGCGGCGGAGGGCACAGUCGGAAGCGACGGUGGCGUCGACGAACUUGACCGGAGAGGCGAGAGACGAGAUGGAAAGCGCGCUGCUUCCGAAGCUGGGCGAAGAGAGGCUGCAGAGACAGAAGAGGAGAACAGACACACCGGGCAAGCGACGCAUGCAGAUGGCGGAGAGGAAGGAAAGGAACCACACAAGGCCGAGAAGCCUGAGGAGGUCCAGCGAGUCGACGGAUGCGAGGAGCGCCCGACGUCUGUGGCGCGUCUGAUGAGCCAAGACAAGGGAUCGAUCUGGAAGAGGAAUGCAGAGGAAGAAGAGAGAGACAAGCACCGUGGAAAGCUCGAGGAGGAAAGAGAGGACGCUGCAGGGAGAGCGUGGAGGUCGUGGACUCCCCGCUCGGAAGCGCUGAAAGCGAACCAGACGUCUCUGGCCUCGCCAUUUUCAGCUCUUCUGGGGGAAUCCGGGGAAGUCGACCUGGCGGCCGCGGCGCAGCGCCUCAGCGCGGAGAUCGACGCCAUUCUGAGCCCUCUGGAGAUGCACCAAGAAAAGACUGCUUCCCUCCGUCAGAAAAGAAACGCGCUGCUGUCGACUCCAAAAAGCACCGAGACACACAAGAGGGCCAGCAGAGGACUACGCAGCGAAAGCAGAAGAGAGAACAUUUCUGGCGAAGGAAACGGCGAGAAGGAAGACAUCGACGUAAGUUGCGAGAGCCGCCGGAGCACGGGUGCAGCCGUGAGAGGAGAGGACGAGACAGAAGACGGAGAAGAGAUCCGUCAAAGUCUCUCCACUGAACAGGAGGGGACUGCGGCUGUGGCACAGGCGACUUUGCUCUCGUUUGUGCGGCUUGUGUUGCCUCUGUAUAACAUCUCUGGAAGUGACGACCGCGAGGUAGCUCUGGCGCUGGUGGCUCUGAGAGCCGUGGCGGGUGCGCAGGGCCUCCGGCUGGUCUCUGAAGGCAGGUCGCUCUGUUCGAGGCAUUUGCGGGGAACUUCCGAUGCUUCAGGCGUCCACCGAGGUGGAGGAAGCGAAGGAGGACCCUCUGCUUCUCUGUCGGAUGCGUCUCCGCUUUCGCGUUCGCGGCAAUUGGCGAACGCAUGCAUGUUCCCCGAGUACAGACCUCUCGACUCCGGUCUGUCAAACGGAGACGCGGUCGGAUGGACCGCCUUCCUGCUGCCGGAGACCUUCGUGGAGGCGGAAGACAACGACGCAGCUGUGUGGACAGAGCGCAGGGAAGAGGAAGAGCGGAGCGCAGCAAAGCGUCAAGAGAGAGAACUCUCAGGAACCGAGAAAGGAGAGAGAGUCCGCAGCGGGGAGGAGGAAGAGUCGACGUGGAGCGACCCUGGAAGCGACAGAGUCGCCAAUCCAGUCGGAAGAGGUGGGGAGGGGGAACAAGACACACAAGACAAGAUGCGAGAGGAAGAACGACGAGAUCGUUCUCACCACUCUUCUUCCUGCUUGUCUUGGGCCUCUGAAUGGUCUCCUGGAGACGCGCUGCGGAGGAGAGUUCCUCUGUUGAAUGCGUUCACGAGGUUCUCCGAACUCGUUCUCCUCGCCUUGCUUCCCCUCGUCUCGGAGCCGAGGGGCGCGACGCGGGCGCCGCUGCGCCUCCUGGCGCGCGAGGUCUGCGCCGCGCAGGAAGUUUGGCGCGGUUGGCGGCGCCAGAGGCGUCCAGGGAUUCUAGAUCCUCUUCUUCCUCUGACUUCUCUUCUGCGUCAACGCGGCCAUGUCAUCCUUCGCUACCGCGACGCUUCCGAGCUUCUCGAGAGUUUCCGUCCAGCUCUCCUUCCUGCCCUGGAAUGCAUGCGUGCUUUCCUCACCCUAGCUUUCCCUUCGUCUUCUCUCGCUUUCGAUCCGCUUUCUUCCGCGGCUGAGGAAGAGCGAGAAGGAAAAGGCUUCGAAGACAGAGGCCAAGAAACUCGAGUGCUCUUCCCGGUGGACGGCGCUGUUGCCUCUGUCGUCCUUCUCCACAUCCUCCAGUUGUUGAAAGUCUUGGUUCCGACCCCCGUGGCGGAGUUUCUGCGCCAGUGGAGGGCGGCCCAUCUGCCUGCGUUUUGCGUCUCACCGUCUCCCUCGGCUUCUCGCUUCUUCGGAGCGUCUGCGUUGCUGCCUGCGCCUUGCGAAGCGUCUUCGCGUUCGACUUUUCGGAGUCCGUUGUCUCUCGUCUCGCGACGUCCUCUGGACGCAGUGGCAGUAGGAUCAGAACGCAACGACUCUGCAGAGAGCCUCCCCGAUGCUGUCUCCUCCCGCCACCCUUCUCUGGAGAGCCCCAGCGAAAUCCCCAGGACACCCUUCGCCUUUCCUGCAGGCCGAAGCCGCAGAGGAAAGCACAAACCUGGAGAGCUUGCCCGCGCGCAUGCAGUGCGAGCGUCGGAUUUCGGCAAGUAUGGAGACGAACGUGGAAAGACGGCGCCUGAAGAGAGCCGCUUUGUGUCUUUCGAACAGCUCUGCGUAGCAGACCCCAGUUCCUCAGUUGAUCGCGCGGCGGGGGAAGUCAUCUUGGCACUUCACACCCAGAGACCAGAGUGGACCGCGACGGCUGCGCUCUUCAAAAGCAUUCACUUUCGUCUUACCGGGUCGUCAAGUCCGUUCCUCAGGUGGAAAGGCCUUCGUCUGUUUCUCUCUCUCGCGGCGCAGGCCCCCAUGCUUGCGCUUCCGGAGGCGUUCGCCUCUUCUCUCUUUGCUGAGGUCGAAGCGGUGGCUGGCGACUGCAGCUGUCCGACGGACACACUGCUCACGCAUGUCGCAAACAUCCCGAUCUCUUCCUUCCUUCCUCCUGUUUCUUCUUCUUCUUCUCGCGCUUCUGCUUCGCCCUCCCCCCGGCCCAGUUCGUCCUCAGGCGUCCGCCUCCAGAAUGCUCUCGGCUGGCUCCAUUGUCUUCUUUUGACGUUGCCGCGCCUGGGCGAUCCGUUCGAAGACAACCGACGGCUGGCGUUUGCGGUGCUUCGCGAGCUGCUGCUAAGGUGUACAGAGACUGCGCGGCUUCUCAGGCUUCUCGCGCGCGACUCCUUCUCUCCGGCGGAGACGCGACAGGCGCAGUCCUCUGGGCCUCCCGGCGACUCGGAGAUUCUCGACAGCUUCCAAGAGACAGGGCGCAGUGGACUUUGCAGCUCCGCGAGCGGACGGAGCAGAGGCGUUCAUGGAAGGCCCAUUCCGGAGGACGUACUCGCAGAUAAAACGAGCUCUGUUUCGUCCAGGUUUCCUGCUCAUAAGUGGCGACAAGACGACGUUCAAGUCGCACCAGCCCCCUUCGCAGGGCGCCUUGUUCUUCGGCAGGCGCCUGGAGACGAGGAAGACUCAGAAACGCAUGCGGUCUGCGAGGACAUUCUCCACUUUCUCCUCGCCGCGGUGCAUGCCGACAAAUCGCUCUCGAGUCGUCUCCUCUCCUUUUUCCUCCUGCCUCUUGCGGAAGACGAUGUCGGAACCUCAGCGCUCUUCUCGCUGCUCUACUGCUUGUUUUUCCUCGCACAAAGACGUCCGAUUUCAAUGCUCUCUCCUCUCGCCUCGUCUUCCGAGAGAGAACAGAAAGAUGCAGCGAGAGAAGAAGGGAGGUCGCCGCGCCCGCGCGAGGAAGGAGACCGUCAUCGGCGGGGAUCUGCGAAAAUCUCUUCAGAGGCAGAAAAUGUUUUUUGUUUGAACGAACCUCGAGUGUCCCAAGAAGACACGAAAGAGCAAGGAGGAAAGGCAGACCGAGGGAAUGCAGAGGAUCGGCGCGUCGAGGACGCUUCGCUGUUCUUCUCGCCGCUGCCUCUCGGGGUGUCUCCGCCCGCAAGAGAAACUCCAGAGGAGCGCCAAGCGAGACUCCUCACUGCCGCCAUUGUGGAGCUUCUCAAUCGUCGCAGAAAGGUCCUUUGUGGGGACCUUGAGAGACGCUUUCGUGAAACAGAGCCCCAGACGGAGACGUUGGCCUCUGCCAUGCAUACAGGCUCCGCGCAGACGCAGACACUCGAGCCUCGCGGCUCACGAGGAGGUGCAGGAGUCUCGAGAGAGGAAGAAGACGUCUCAACAACAAGUGUAAAAGGGUCUCCUCACCGCAGCUCCCGUCGCCGAUCUGCCCCACAAGCUUGCCCUUCCUCCAGCUGUUUUUCUUCUUCUUCUUCACUUCCUGCUUCGUUCUCUUCUGCGUGGAGUGCGUCGGAGUCGAGGGUGGACAGUGAACUGCGUACUUGGUGUUUCGCGAGUUUUCCGACUGCUUCCUCUCCGACGUUUCCGGUCUUCCCGGAGGGUCUGGUGCAGCUUGCGGCUCUGCGGUGCGUGGCGGAGGCUGCGCGAGUUUCUCUCUCUGCGGUUCUCUCCGUCCUGGUGGAGAACAGCCGAGUUCGCUCUUCCUGCCGCCUCGCUUCGGAUGCCGAACUGGGGAGAGAGGGCGACGUUCUCAGUGGCGAUGCGCUUGGCAGAGAGAACAGGAAGCGCGAGAAACUGGACCGCGAAAUCGCCGCAGACGUCCUCACGCGUCCAGGCCAGUGCUGUCUCGCGUCGCUUCUGCCUGUCGGGCGGCAGCAGCCUUCGUCUGGCGAGGCGUCGCGGCGUUCUGCGGGGAAGAUUCGAGGCUGCGUCCAUAGCCUCUUGGCAAACGUUCUUUCGGAGAGCUGGGAGUUGACGAAGCAACUGCUUCGCCUGCUCACAGCUGUGCUGAACAAUGCACCUUGCACACUGUCGGUGACAGCCGGCGCUCUGGCGUCGCGCCUCGGAGGCGACGGAGAUGCUGCGUUCCCCGCAGAGGCUCGCGGGAGGAGAGGAGCAGACGACUUCGUUCCUCAACUCGAACGAGACAGAGCGAAGGUUGACACGGUCCUCCUGAAUCCGUCGGUCCAUCAGGCGACUCUCCUUCUCCUGCUCCUGGUCUCUGUGCGCGGCUCUCCGGAGGGAGGCCUCGAAGAACAAGGCGGAGCUGGAGAGAAGGAGAGCAGCCAGAGAGACGAAAGGAAGAGAGAGGAAGCUCCGGCGCGUCCACCCUCGUCGUCAGCGUCGACGUCCUUCUCGCUGACGUUCGCGUGUGCGAACUCGCGUGGAGAGAAAGCCGUUCGCCGAGCCGUCUCCCGACAUUUUCCGCUCUUGCUCGCCACUGCUCUCCUUCGACUUGGGUCUUCUUUCUCGCCUUCAGCCUCGCCCUCCAGCGCGUCGGACGCGCCUCAGACGCUCUUCGUCGCAUGCACUCCCGCUCAUGCAGACAAACAAACGAGAGCUGAGGGAUCCACGGCAGUCAGCUCCGAGCGCGGCUUCUCGCCGACAAGGCCAAGAAGCGGCUCUGGAGCGGAUGCGGCGGCCUUCGAAGAACUUUUGAGGGAUCCGGAAACUUGCGCGUCUCCGCGAAAAACUUCCAGAGAAGAAGCAAACGACGCGGAGACGAGAACAACCACCGAGACACAGGAGACAACGAACAGCGGAAGAGAGGACAGGAAGAGUCCCGACAGGAGAAGAAGUUCGAGAGAAGGCAGAGAACGCGAGGGAGAAGACGGAGGAGAGGAAGGAUCGUUUCGACUAACGUUGGUGUCGCAGAGAGAAGCCGUGGACGCGGCGGUCGCGCUGGUGCAUGCACUCGUCGUCGCGGCCCAAGAGACGGAGCUCCUCGUCUUGCUGAAGAAAGGAAACAUCUUCGAAAACAUGCAAAAAGAAACCACGUUCCUCCACGCCGUCAAAGACGCCAUGACGUGCUUUCUUUGUUUGCGGCCUUCGGCUGCUGGCGCGGUUCUCGCCUUCGUUCUUCCCUUUGUAGAGAGGUCGGAGAAAAUGCAGGCACUCGUAGCCUGCGAGUUGAUUGCCGCCGUCGCGUCGUCGCUCUUUCUUUCUUCUGGUUCUGCCUUUCUUUCUCUCACUUCCUCUCCUUCUGGCUCUGCCGCGGAACGCAGCGGGCGCCUCUGUGAAUGCUCUGCGUUCGACGUUUGCCGCCUUCGUCAAACGGGGAAAGGAGGCUUUCUGGACUUACUCGCCUUCUCUUCUUCUCCCCUCCUCUCGCCGCGUCCCUCUUCUCGAGCGUGCCGUGUACAGUUGUCCGGUCUCUCUGCUUUUGCCAAGCCUUCUGCGCCGUUCUCUGCCAUGUCGGCUGCUCGACCUCGGAAGGCGUCGCCGCUCUCCCAUGGCCCGCCGCCGUCGCUGCUGACUCUCGAGUUGGAUGCCCUGCUGCAUGCGCUGGAUCGCUUUUCUUUUCUCUCGGACCUCGUGGAGGAGACGCUGCAGAGUGGACUCUCGGGACAGAGUGAAGAUGCCUCGCUGCAGGUCGCCGCUUCUCGGCCGUGGUACUUCUUUGGCCGCGCGCAGGAGGCGGCAGGCGACGCGCAGCGCUGCGACGCGCUUCGCGCCCAGACGACGGCGCUGCAGAGGAACCUGCGCCGCAUUUUCUCUUGGAAAAACCUGGAUGUCUUUGCUGGAAACGAAGAACUCGGGACGCGCCUCUCGCCAGACUGCAGCGUCUUGACCGCUCUCAAGACGCUCUUCAGUGCCCUCGCUGCUCUCACUCUCCUCUGGGCGAACAGGCUGGGCCGCCGCCGAGGAGACCCCCGAGACCCAAGAGGGCAGGAAAGAGACAGCGGGAGCGAACCGGAAGGAAAAGCAGAAGAAGGAAAGAAGGACGGAGAAGAAACGGACGGAACAAAGGAGGGAGAAGAAGCAGAAACAGAAAGAGAAGAACGAGAGGCAGAGAGAGACGAAGACUCGAAAGAGGAGAAAGUGGAGUUCUUGUUCGGCUCUGAAGAUCUUGCCACCGAUGUCGUCGCGACUCUGAAAACAGGUCUGUGCCUGGUUCCGUUUCUUCUGCUUUCGCUGCGCGCUUCGUCGGAGACUCCAGAAAUCGCGGACGCAGUUGAAAUGGCGUCGGCGGCUUGUGAGGCCUGCGUGUAUGCUUGCACAGCUGCAUGCAGUGUAGCGCCGACAGCCUGGCCGUCUCUGCAGGGUCCCACCGCCUUUCUUGAGCUUCUUGAAGACUCUCUGCUGCGGCCUCACUUCCUCACUUUCCUCCUUCUCCAGACUCCGCACACUCGACUCAGAUGCGCCGUUUUCCAUCUGCUCUCCAAUCUCUUCCUCUUCCGCGACGAACUCCUUCUUGCCGACGCCUCUUCUUCGUCUUCUCUCUCGACUUCGUCAGAUGGAAGACUGCGGAGCUUCUCGCCGGGAGCUUCGGGGACAGCGGCUUCGUCGCGGGAGCGAGAAACGAGGAACGCGAACCUCUCCUUUGCACACUUGGAUGAACUUCUCGUUUGCGCAACUGGCCAUCUUGUCUCCGAAGACGCGGAUCUUGUUGUCGCCGCUGCUUCGCUUCUUGACCGCGCGGUUCUGCCUCUGCUGCUGGUCGACUCCUCACAUGCGCCGCCUGUCUGCUCGCCUCGCAGUGCUUCUUCUCUGCCGUCUUGUGCGUCUCCCUCUGUGUUUCCUGCGUUUCCUUCUCCCCGCGCAACUCGCGAGCGAGAAGAGAGCGCCGCCGUUGCUGCAGGUCGGCAGGCGCUGAGGGACUGUCUCGUAUCGUUGGGAGUCUUUCGCUCUGCCUCCGCGGAAGGCGUCGAAGGAGACCGUUGUAGACAGGAGCGGGGCGACGAAACCGGCAAAGCAUGGAGAGGAGGCCGCGACGUGGAGGAGGAAAACCUCUGUUCCAGGUCGCUUGGCUCUUCUGAGGAAACAGCGUUUCUUUCCAGAGAACGCACGCACCGACCCAUCCCUCCCCUUCUCCGCGCUCAGGCAGUUCAACAGUUCGUUCUUAAGCUUCUUCCUCUCCUGCUUCGCUCGACAUCUUCUCGCCUUCCUAGCCCAGUUCAGUCCCCUCGACCGUCCUCUUCUUCGUCUUCUUCCGCUUCCUCCUCUCCGCCUUCUGCGUUGUCUUCAGGUCGCAGACGCGGCUCUGGGCAGGGGCAUUUCGAGAGCGCUGAACAACUGUGCAGGCGAGAAAGCGUUGAGUUUCGGCGUUUCGGAACCAGCGUGGAGAUGGGCGUUCAGUCGUCCCCGCCUUCUGGGCGGAAGCACCGCCCUCGCUCCGCGGGAGUCGCAGCGCCUCCGUGCUUCGAGCUGCAUGCGUCGCCGGCAUGGCUUUCUCGGCUGUUUUCGCUGCUGCUGAUCUCGCGCGCCUCCUUCCCUCCAGAGACUUGGGCGCUGCGCGUGGAACCUGAGAGCCAGCUGCUGGACGCGCAGAAAACGCAAGCUGAAAAACGCGUCAAGCGACGUCUGGAGAAGGUGCUGUAUGGACACCCGGACGCGGCGCUCGCUGCGGCGAAGGCGGCCGCCCAACUCAACGCCGCAAAGAAGCGCGGAGAAUAUUUCUUUGAGGCGCAGAAGCUCCCGGCUGGCCUCGCGUCUGUCUUUGGCGGCGGCCCCGAAGACACCGCACAGGGACUGGAAGAAUCUGCUGAAAAACUCUUCAGAAAAUUCACUUCCUACUUCCAAAUUGUCGGCGAUAUCGGCGCAGACCGAGAAGACGACGGCGCCGCCGACGCGCGCGGCGCCUCUCGAGGCGAAAGCUCAAGUGGAAGGGAACACCGAGGGCGGGCAGGGCGGAGGAGAGAUGAGAAGGAACGAGAAGACGGAGAAGGAGAAGAAGGAGAAGGCGACGAAGAACUGGGGGAAUCCGACGCCGAGGAAGAUCCAAGCUCCGAGGACGACAGUGAACGAGAAGACGGAGAUGACUUGGCGGUCAGCGCCGAACUUCGUCGGUGGCGGUACAUGGAGGAGUUUCUUCUGGACGAAGGUCUGCCUGCUUCUCGACUUCUUCUUGGAAUGCAUGCGUCAACCGAUGUUUUCUGUCUCCAAGAGGCUCCACCGUCCGUCUCUUCUCUUUCGCCUUCCCUCUCUCGCUCGAUCGUGAAGGGCGCGUCUUCCAGCUCCGAACACUCCGGCCGCAUGCAGCGAGAAAGGAAAUCGACGGCAACUCUGGAGGCACGGUGCCGAGAGUCUUUCCACGUCGCUCGAGAGACUCAGCGGCUGUCUCAAGUGACCGCGCAUGCAGCGCAUGUCGACAUGUUUCUCGGAAGUAGCUCCUUCGCUCUCGCUGUCGUUCGCUCCAUCGCCGCGGUGCUCGACACGGUCCCCGAAGAGACUCGCCUUCGCGUCAAAGAUUUUCUUCGUCUGGAAGCUCUCUGUGUCGCAACUACCAGACAGAUUUGCUCUCUCUUGCCCGCCGAGCAGAAGACGCAUGUGGAGGCAGCGUCAACUGAAGCAGCCGACGAGACGUCUCUCCGCUUUCGGAAGGCCGCCGCGAUCUCGCUGGGCGCUUUAGCUCUCCUGCGACCCUCCCUUCGUUCAGACGACGUCUCCUGAAAGCGCGAAGACACCACAGAGGGCAGAAGAAGAGGCAAACGAGGCUCGCGCGUCUGUCUGAAGAAGUAGUGAUUGAUCGACGCAGAUUCAGGUGCAGCCGGCGCGAGGCGAGAGGUUCUCCCGCCGACGCCUGGCCUCAAGAAGGGGAGCACAGACGUUCCUAAAAUCUUGCAAGGUUUGUGUGUGUCUGUCUGUGUCUGUGUGUGACAAGAAGCGUCGGGGUGUCUGGGAGAGCACGGCUCCUCCCGUUGCAUCGGUUUUUCUCUGCUUUUUUCAAACGCCACUGAGUUCCCAGCGUUGUGCCUUUUCCGCGAGGUUGCGGGAUCUGUUCCCUGCACAGGAAAAAUCGCGUUGUGUCACGGAGCGGUUCCGUCGAUGCCGAACGUUUGACUGCAUGCGUCGACGGCUUGCCAGCCCUGCAGGCCUCUCAGGUCGCUUGCGAGACCUACAGACAGAGGCGCGUCUCACUCCAGCACACCCGCAGCUCUCGGUCCUCAUUUUUGAGAUUUGUAAGGGAGCUUUAAAGCAUGACAGACAAGUUCUCUGCCUGCAUGCUUCGACUUCGGGGCAGACGAGACGCAGAUGUCGAACGCAGCCUGGCUUCGCUGGAGAACGCCAUCAGGUUCUGUCAGAAAACUCGCGCGUGCCUAGCGACGACACCAAGCGCGCCGCCAAGCGCGCCGUUCUUGUCAAGUUGAAGGCGCCUUUCAGUGCGCAGUUUGUCUAUUUUCUCGGCCGCGCAGAAGAUCCGUGCCUGAACGGAUCUCUUGCGGGAUCCGUGUGCGAGAAAGGCGUGAGUUCCACGUUGUCAGUGUUGAGAAAAUUCGCCGACCUCCCGCACCAGACUUCAGACUGUUGAGGCGGCUUCCGUCGCGCGCGUUUUCACCUGUUUGUUGACCGUCCUGGAAGAACUGCUUUCGCUCAGUGAUCCAUGCGCGCUGCGCGUCGAAAGUUGGUCAGACGCCUCAACACUCCCUCCAUCGAAUACGCGG